AUGAGCCAGAACAAGAACCCCAACGCCGUCAGCGACGGACGCCAGUUCGCAGGCCAUGUCGCACCCAGCGAGCCCCUCAUGAGCGGCGGUCACAAACCCGGCGUAAACAUCGGCAAUGACUCGGCCCCCGAAUUCCACGCCCAAACCCUCCCCGCCGGCACCGCCCCAGCGCACUCAACACACACGCCCAACCCACCCCUCAACAACCAAGGCCUCUACCACCACGCCUCCGACACCAUCCAAGGCGCCACCUCCUCGGAUGUUCACAUGGGGCUAGGCCACCCGGGCCAAGGUCAAACGAGCCAGGAGUUGCAUGAUGGACGGCGUGUGGGUCAGGGACUUGCGGGGUUGGCGAGUGGAGUGGGAGAUCAGCAGACGGGUGGGGAUGUGAGGGAUCUCAAGGAUUUGCCGAAGCAUGCUGCGCAGAGGAAUUUGGGGGAUGUGCCGACGGGGCAGAGGGGGAAUGUUGGGGGGCCGCCGGCGGAGGAGAGGGAGCCUACGAGAGUUGGGGGGUUGGAGGAUUGA